CGGUGGAGUUGUGACCAUUAAAAAAUAUAACAUUAUGGCAGGACGCAACGCUAAUAUUUACUUUCCUGAAGAAACUUAUAACAAACUCCGCCAAGUAGCCGGACCAAAAAUUAGCCGUUUUGUUAGUGAGGCACCGUUGCCAAAAAUAAAAAAAUCCAAAAAGAAAUGGAAGGCUGGGACGAAACCAUUAGUGAUAUGUGAAAGAAAGAAGAAAAAUAAUGAAAUUAGCAAUGGACAGCAAAGAACUUCCCAAAGAAGACGAUAUCUGAAUACCGUUCGAAGUUUUAUUGAGAAUUCUCCGGAAACAGGUUUGGACGAGCCUAGUAAAAUCCUAGGUAAUUAUCCCCACACUAUUUAUAAGAAGUUACGGUUAGUAGGAAAAGAGCGUUUGGGAGUAGUUAGUCCAGAAAUAAUGGAAAAGGACCUGCAAAAUCGUGGAGUAAUCGCUAAUUCGGCUAAUUUAGAAAAGUUUUAUCAAUUAAAGCCCGAAGAAAAAAUUAUUUAUCUAGGCAUAGACUGCACCGCCGAAACUUUACACAUCGGCCAUUUAUUUUUACUGAUACAAACUAUUCGUUUUGCUAAUCAAGGAUUUCAAGUGCUUUUAGUGCUGGGUGGUGCCACUAGUAAAAUUGGUGAUCCGAGUGAUAAAUUAAAAGAACGACCUCAAUUAGAAGCCAAAAAAUUAAGUCAAUAUUAUCAGGAAAUAAAACAGCAACUUGCACGGAUAGUAAUUCGACCAGCGACCUCAGAAACAAUAAAUAAAGACUUGGCAAAGGUUAUAAUUUUAGAACAGCGGUGGAGUUCUAUUGCCAAAAAUGUUCUGAGUAAUGAUGCUCAAAGUAAUUACGAAAAGGCAGGGGCUGUCAAAGCUUUUGAAGUUUGUUUCGAAUUAGUUCAUCCUAUUUUAAGAAGGGUAUUAAAAUUGCGAGGUAUUAUAGUUUCAUCUGCUAUUAAGGAAGUUUUUAGAGUAGCGGGUUCAGAGAACUUAAUUAAUAAUGUGGAAACUUGGCUAGAAUUUAAAGAUAAAAGGGAUGACACUGCUCAUUCUUAUGAUGGUCAGAUAGCUACUGAUGUGAUUGAUAUCUUACCCAAUUUUAUUUACGAACUGGACUUGUUAAUGGAAGAACUCUUAGAAAUUCCCGAAAUACAAGUUUAA